UGAUACUCGGUUUAGACAUUUGGUCUCUACAAUCCAAACAGCAAAACUGCCUUUAAGGAAUAUCACUACGCACUGUGUACAUUCUAAAUAUACAAAUAACGUAUAUCUGACCCCUGCUUGAAACUAAUACAGUCAUAUCUUUUAAAUUGCGAGGGAGGUUGAAAUAACCAAAAACCGCUCUGCGUGCGUUUCGUCAGCCUCCAUGUCCCAUAAUGCUUUUCGGCCUGCGUCACCGCGUGUUGUUGCGGAAGUGCCGGUGAAACGCUGUGCUGGUGAUUCUCUGCUCGGACACAGUGGCAUUCAUUUUCUGUUUGUUUUCAGAGCAGACAUUCUCGACAGGUCUUGUGUUUGUAGGGCCGUCGUUUGCUCGAAUAAACGUCUGUUAUGGCAGCUCUAAAAUUCGCAGGUAUGGACGAUACAGACAGUGAGGACGAGUUGCCCCCCGGAUGGGAGGAGAGGUCUAAGAAGGAUGGAUGGGUCUACUAUGCAAGCCACGAUGGGAUGAAGACACAGUGGGAACAUCCGAAGACGAGAAAGAAAAAACGUUGUGCUGGAGAUUUACCGUACGGUUGGGAGCAAGAAACUGACGAAAAAGGACAGAUGAUUUAUGUUGACCACAUAAACAAGCGGACCAUCUACUUUGAUCCGCGGCAGGCCUUUACAGUGGAGGACAUGGUGCUGAAGCCAAAACGCUAUGAUGGAAACACUGCAGCUCUUGAGAUCCUGCAGGGCCGUGAUUUCUCUGACAAGGUUGUCCUCAUUACUGGGGGAAACUCUGGCAUUGGCUUGGAGACAGCCAGGUCUUUCACUCUUCACGGCGCCCAUGUGAUCCUGGCCUGUCGAAACCUGUCCCGGGCCAGCAAGGCCGCCAGCCUCAUUCAGCAGGAGUGGCACAAAGCGCGGGUGGAAGCCAUGAUGUGCGACCUGGCCUCUCUCCGGAGUGUCAGGGAGUUUACGGAGUCUUACAAAGCCAGGAAACUGCCCCUUCACAUCCUGGUGUGUAAUGCGGCAGUGUGCACUCGGCCCUGGAGCCUGACGGAGGACGGCCUGGAGUCCACCUUCCAGAUCUGCCACCUCGGCCACUUCCUGCUCAUCCAGGGCCUGGAGGACGUGCUGCGGCGCUCGGCCCCCGCCCGCGUGGUGGUGGUAACAUCUGAGUCCCACAGGUUCACAGACCUGUUAGACUCCUGUGCCAAAGUGGACUUGGCCCUGCUGUCCCCCCAGAAGAAGGAGUACUGGUCCAUACUGGCUUACAAUCGAGCCAAACUUUGCAACAUCCUCUUCAGCAACGAGCUCCACCGCCGCCUCUCCCCUCACGGUGUCACCGCCAACGCAGUGCACCCUGGGAACAUGAUGUACACCUCCAUUCACCGGAGCUGGUGGCUGAUGACCUUCCUCUUCUCUCUGGCCAGACCUUUCACCAAGUCCAUGAUGGAGACAAUACCGGCUAGCAUCUGGUCGAGAGACGGGCUUCACCCUGGACCGGUCGCCACUCAAUGGCAGCGCUGACACAGAGACAAACAACACUCUCCCCAAACUACUCCGGCGUGUCUUUGGACUGUGGAAGGAAGCCAUGCAGACACAGGUAGAACAUGCAGACGCCACCCAGAAAGGUGCUGGACGGGUUUGAACCCAGGACCUUCCACGCACCACCAUACACACUCUUAGCCCACGUGUGCGUGUCCACGGUGACGGUAGGAGCCCGAGGUUAAUGUCCCCACACACCUUGCACAUGAACGAUAAAAUCCAACACUGUGAUUUAUCUCGGUCUAUAUUGUGUCCUCUGCUCUGUAAGACUUUUCAAUUGAUAGCAGCUCUCUACCCUUUAGGCUCCAUGGCCUCCUAAUAUAUGCUUUAGUUUGACUAUUAAAUCUUUCCAUUAGCUACUGUUCGUACUUUAUCAAUUUAGUGUUUGCACUGAAGGGAAAGUGUGAUGUGUUGUAAGGUGGCGUGUUGGAGUUUUAGUGAAGCCUUAUUCUGAUCCAUCAUGUUUGACAGACAUGAGGCCUCAGGCCGUCAUUUGUCUCCCCUCUCUCUAACAUGGGAUGAGCGAUGAGGGGAACUGCUCCUCAGCACCUUUUGCAAAAUGCCAAGCUGAACAUUUCCUCGAAUGACUAUUCCUAUCACAAAACUCUCUUUUCACACGGCCCUCUUUACCUUCUGUUACAUUUGUCUAAGCCCCUUUUCACCAAUUGCUCGCUUGUUUCAAUCUACAAACCUGGACAGUGUCCAUUUCGGCCAGACCCAAAUUGCUUAAACAGGUUUUUUAAUCAGAUUUGAAAAAGUACCCUACGGCGGAGGACACUUUUUUGUGUGUCUACGGGAAGAGCGCACUACGUUUUUUUGGAUGUGGGCGCGCGGAUGCAAUUAGCAGAGCGGUUUCUCCUCCAGAACGCGGGCUGUGGCUUUCAUACACGUGGUUAAUUAAACGUAGUGGGGAUGUUAGUAAAUAUUAAAAGGACAAAGGUAGAGCUAGUAAUUAAAUUCUGGUGUGCUGACACAGCGAUUAGCCGAAACCCAUGUCUGAUAAAAGCCACACGCAGACACGGAUACAGAGGCACACCCUUAAGCUGAGCAUUUGCUCUUAUUUAAAUCUGGGGUUGAUAAGGGCCCUGGAAGUGCACCCUCUUUAAAACCCCACUCCUCACUCCUUCUGCCCCCCCACAUUAAGGGCUUAAUAAAACAGUGAUAUUAUUUCAGUUAUUGGUUGCAGGGAUAUGAAGAUGGUAUCGCUUUAAUUGCUUGCGUACGCUUGCGGGAUCCAUGGAGAUUGUUCUGGGAUGCAAACAUAAGCAGAAUGUUGACUCCACAAAACAAUCACAAAGCCCCUGUGUGGGUGCUCGCGCAAAUAAGCAGCCUCUCAUUUAAGACACUGGUUUGAUUUAUAGGAGCACAGGUGGAGUGAUAUGCCGUUGCCCUACGCAAGAAGAAACGCACACAUGGACCAGCACACGCAUUAAUUCACAAUAUGGAGGCUACUAAAACACCUGGAGCUACAUGUGGUCCUAAAUCUUUAAUUUGAUUGUUUGUAGUAAAGCAGAGGAAGUGUCAGGUCAUAAGCACCACAUUUGGUCAUCCAAUCAUGUACAUGCUUCCCUCCCACUUCCAUUAAUAGUGCUUCAUGCGUUAUUUGAUCAGCUCUUCACCUUUUUUACCGUGAAACUUUCUACUGCCACAUUUUGCUCGCAUUGAGCAAAACAUAUUUAGACUUCUUCCGCUAUGCAUCCAUUGUGUUGUGGAUUCUACUUAAGGGAAAGAAACUUCUCCAUUAGCAGGGAGCACAGCCCACUCUGCUAUUGAUGAACAGAGCUGAUUCUAUUUUGCUGAGUUGAGAAAGGCAUGACAUUUUAAUCAUCCAAACUAUCUCUCACUAACAUCAUGUUCCCCUCUCCGCGCGCCUUGAUCUACGAAUCAGAGAUGCAGCGACCAGGCCUGAAACUCCUGUUCCUUUAAUUCAGCGUGUUUAGAGUGGGCGUUUUGCCUGUGUCCUUUGGUGUGACUGUCAGCGCUAAAUGAUCUGACCUGCAGUGGUGUGUAAUGCGUGUGCAUGUGCUGGGAGUCCAUGUGUGUGUGUGUGUGUUUGAGGCCGAGGCGAGCCGUUAUCACAGUUCUGUUUAAUGCACAGAACUUGAUGGGCAUAGAUUCAGCUUGAUUCAUUUGAUCUAGGAUAGCAAUUCAGGAUAAGAUUUGGGGCUUUUGACGAUUUGCUGCGCACGUUAUUAGACAGUACACUUUGAAUCAAAACUCCAGCGGUACAGCGCCACCGAAAUCAUUUCAGUGACUGUUGCAGUUAUUAGUUUGGCCCGUAACCUUUUGUGAAGUUGACCGUCUUGUCGCGCUGCAACGCUGACCCUGUGACAUUUUGUUGACUGACUGAUUGCUCCCUCAAGAUCAGUGUACCCUCUGGCUCCGAGCAGCUGUGCUCUGCCUAUACUCAUUUAAUCUAUACCUUAACUAUAGGCACAGUGCUGUGCUGGAUGCAGAUCAGUGCGGGCAGCGGCUCAUCAUCCACUAUAAUGGAUAGAAAGAGGGGAGGGAGAUUUUUGUGGGCAGGCCUAAAGAGGCUCCGCUGGUCCAAUCAGACAUUCCCGGAGGGAGCGGUUUCAUCAGCACUCCCGCCUUGUCCCUUGCUUCUUAACGUUUUUAGCAUGAAUUUUUUACCCAGGAUCCUGCCUCGGGCACCGGGCCACCUUUUUACAUAUGCACAGGCUGAACUUUUGACCAGGCACCAGCAGUCAGGGCCGUAUUAGAGGAGCGCUUGUUGUGAGUUGCGCCUCCCCUGCCUACCGUGUCCAGGAGCUCUCCCCCUGACGGACGAGGUUGUGGUGUGUGUGUGUGUGUGUGUGUGUGUGUGUGUGUGUGUGUGUGUGUGAGCGCAGCAGACACCUUUACCUCAGGGUUCUGGUCACAGCGAGGCAUCCGAGUGUGCACAUGUGCUCUAGUGUUGUGUGUGUGUGUGUGUGGUGCUCAACCAUGUGGAAAGAAAGAGGAGCAGAGGUCCCAAUCCCCCCCCCCAUGCCGCCCCCUAAGAACUAGAUACAACAAGCGUGGUGUUGCAUUGCUGCUGCCCUGUGUGGGAGGGACGGGGGAAGAAAGACAUCGAGGAACAUGGACGGAGCGAAUGACGGGUCGGUGUGGGGUUGGACAAAAGCACACGAUCCCAUUUGGCUGUAUUGACAUGUGUGUUCCUGCCCAAUCCUGUUACUGGGAUUAUUGUCCACGGAGAUACCAUUUCAUUACAGAAAACACACACACACACACUCAGACACACACACACACACACACACACACACACACACACACACACACACACACACACACAGACACACACACACACAGUGGGUGAACAGAGAUGGCCUGAGGCCUGGUUAUGCGGUCUAUUGCACAGGGAAACUGUGUAAAUGGUUUAUUGUGGAUGAGUUGAUGUGAUGGAGAGCGUGUCUGGAUCAAUAAAGAACCAAUCAAAUGCUGACAGUCGGCUACUGUAUGCAGUCAGUCAUUCCCCCUCCUGCCCGUGUACAGUUACACAACACGAGUGUGAAGGAGGUAUGAACAAUAUCCGUCUUGAAAGCAGCAAAGAAGUUGAAAGUCAUUUUUCAAAACUUCAAACCUAUAAAAAUGUAAUUUUGUAUCGCUGCUUAAUGCUGCAAUUGUACUUGUUGUAGUUUUUUUUCUUUUUUUAAUACAUUUUUGCUCGGUGAAAAUCACCUCUUCAAAAAAUGUCUUUCUGUGACAGGGGCUCCUGCAGCCCCAGACACCCCAGAGAGGCCAUUAGGACGUCUCCCCCAGCCUGGUUCCCUGAGUCUGGGCUGAGUGUGAGCUGAGGCUGGGCUAAAUUACCCCAGAGCCACAGGUCAGAGCCAGCAAGACCCUCACUGCCAGGGGACUCUCUCCUCUAAUAUCAGGGAUCAGAACGGGCCAAAGAACCAGAAAGUGACCCGACCAGAGAGACGUCCUUACUCACUUACCCUCUACUCUUCCACGCUGCCUCCUUAGCCCUUCAUCUCUCUUACCUUCAGAGCUUCUGAGCGUUUUCUCCUGUGACCCCCCCCCACCUCGACACACACGCACGCACGCACGCACGCACGCACACACACACACA